GGCGCGGGAACUCAGUAUUAUUUGAAACAAGCAACUAGUUAUACGAAGUGAAGAAGAGUUCGGUGCAGACCGAAGCGAUUUAUUAUUAAACAAGAGAUAUUUGAGAUUAUAGUGAACGUUAAAUAAUCGUAAAACAAAAUGCCAGCUAUUGGAAUAGAUCUCGGUACUACAUAUUCCUGCGUCGGUGUGUGGCAACAUGGCAACGUGGAGAUCAUCGCGAACGACCAGGGCAACCGUACCACACCAUCCUACGUCGCCUUCACGGACACGGAGCGGCUGAUCGGUGACGCGGCCAAGAACCAGGUCGCUCUCAACCCUAACAACACGGUGUUCGACGCUAAGAGAUUGAUCGGCCGCAAAUUCGACGACCCCAAGAUACAACAGGAUAUGAAGCACUGGCCCUUCAAAGUGAUCAGUGACAGCGGCAAGCCCAAGAUCCAGGUGGAGUUCAAGGGCGAGACGAAGAGGUUCGCCCCGGAGGAGAUCAGCAGCAUGGUGCUUACUAAGAUGAAGGAGACGGCCGAGGCAUACCUGGGCACCACAGUCCGUGACGCCGUGAUCACAGUGCCGGCCUACUUUAACGACUCUCAGCGGCAAGCCACCAAGGACGCCGGAGCCAUCGCCGGCCUGAACGUGCUUCGCAUCAUCAACGAGCCCACGGCCGCCGCACUCGCGUACGGCCUCGACAAGAACCUGAAAGGCGAACGGAACGUUCUCAUAUUCGACCUGGGCGGCGGCACGUUCGACGUAUCCAUCCUCACCAUCGACGAGGGCUCCCUGUUCGAGGUGAAGUCGACGGCGGGCGAUACACAUCUCGGCGGCGAAGACUUCGACAACAGACUAGUGAACCAUCUCGCGGACGAGUUCAAACGCAAGUACAAGAAGGAUAUGCGGAUGAACCCACGCGCACUGCGCCGCCUCCGCACCGCCGCCGAGCGCGCCAAGCGCACGCUGUCCUCCAGCACCGAGGCCACCAUCGAGAUCGACGCGCUCUACGAGGGCAUCGACUUCUACACACGCGUGUCUCGAGCCCGCUUCGAAGAGCUCAACUCUGACCUAUUCCGCGGCACCCUCGAUCCCGUGGAGAAAGCACUGAAGGAUGCUAAACUCGACAAAAGCCAGAUCCACGAUGUCGUUCUCGUCGGCGGCUCUACCAGGAUUCCCAAAGUGCAGAAUUUGCUGCAGAACUUCUUCUGCGGCAAGCAGCUCAACUUCUCCAUCAACCCAGACGAGGCAGUUGCGUACGGUGCUGCCGUUCAAGCUGCUAUAUUGAGCGGCGAGACCGACUCCAAGAUCCAGGACGUGCUGCUAGUGGACGUGGCUCCUCUAUCGCUCGGCAUCGAGACCGCCGGCGGCGUGAUGACGAAGAUCAUCGAGCGCAACUGCAAAAUCCCAUGCAAACAGUCUCAGACAUUCACCACAUAUUCCGACAAUCAGCCCGCCGUCACGAUCCAAGUGUUCGAGGGAGAGCGCGCGAUGACCAAGGACAACAACCGUCUGGGCACCUUCGACCUGACGGGCAUUCCGCCGGCGCCACGAGGUGUGCCCAAGAUUGACGUGACAUUCGACCUGGACGCCAACGGCAUCCUGAACGUAUCCGCCAAGGAGAACAGCACCGGACGCAGCAAGAACAUAGUGAUCAAGAACGACAAAGGACGUCUGUCGCAGGCGGAGAUCGACCGCAUGCUCGCGGAGGCGGAGCGGUACAAGGAGGAGGACGAGAAGCAGCGGCGACGCGUGGCGGCGCGCAACCAGCUCGAGUCGUACGUGUUCAGCGUGAAGCAGGCGCUGGACGAGGCCGGCGACAAGCUGAGCGAGCAGGACAAGAGCACCGCGCGCAGCCAGUGCGACGAGGCGCUGCGCUGGCUCGACAACAACACGCUGGCCGAGCAGGAGGAGUACGAGCACAAGCUGAAGGAGGUGCAGCGCGCGUGCUCGCCCAUCAUGAGCAAGAUGCACGGCGCGGGGGCGGGGGCGGGGGCGGGGGCGGGCGGCAUGCCCGGCGGCAACCAGUACCAGCCGAGGAGCGACGGCCCCACCGUGGAGGAGGUGGACUGAACUGUGAAACGGACAAUCUCAAACCCCUAGUCCCUAGUGUACCUUAAUUUGUUUUGUUCAAAUGUGAUAUUAAUAUUAAGACUGAUUCCUAUUUAUUGACACUACAGCAGAUGAUCAUCUUCUUGGAUAAGUAAAAAAUAAGUAAAAUAAUUUUAAAAUAAUUGUAAUAAGUAAUUUUAAAAAUAAAUAAAUAAAUAAUAAAUUAAUUA